AUGGCUUCCUAUACAGCGAUUUGGUGCUGUGUCGCAGUUUUAGUGGUAGUAGGAGUAAACUGUAUGGAAAAUGAAGAAAACUUAAUUAGAGAGAGAAUAGAAAAGUUGGAAGCAUUAAAUGAUAAUCUCAAACAACAACUUAAUGGUCAAAAAAUCGUUUAUAAUGAUCUUCUAAAUGAGUUGGCAACGUCAUCGGAUUUUACAGUAAGGGACAAUGAUCAUCAAAAGAGACAGUCAUUGACAUGUGAUGGUCCUGUGGUGUUCCAUGCCAGACUUCAGAAUUCCAUUUACCCUAUUGGAACCAAUCAGAUUAUUGCCUAUGAAGACGUUGUCACCAAUGUUGGUAAUGGGUAUGAUUCAUUUACUGGUCUCUUCCGGGCGCCAGUAGGGGGAGCUUACGAAUUCGUCGCUACCAUGUGGUCGUCCGACGGCAAUUAUCUGGAAUUUGAAAUGGUUCGAAAUGGUGUGGACUUGUGCUACGGAAGGGCUAGUCAAUCAAACCAGACCAUGGGAACGUGUGUUAGUAUGGUGGAAUUGUCAGCUGGAGACAGGGUAUGGGUCAGGCAUCUCAGUGGCAGGGGUACCUAUGCCAACGGUGCGGACUAUCCAUCUUUCGUUGGUCAUCUUAUCGUAUAAAUUAUUUACGUAAACAAA